AUGUCACCGCUUGCGGACACCCCAAUGGUCGAUGCCGAAGCCGCCCCGGUGGAUGCGCCUGAGCUGGUGUCGUCGCCACCGAAAGCAUCGUCUGGCGACGCGACUGCGAUGUGCCACUCCCGUACAGAAGAGGAGCGACGAUUGUUGAAUGGCGAAGCCGCGCCCACGUCGCGCUUUGCGACAUUCUUCAAGCAGCCGAGCUCUGAAGCCAGAAAAAUAACCAACCAGAAGAAUGACCUGGAAGACCAAGUACGCAGGAUCGAAUCCAAGCCAACCAUGGAUGGCACAACGCUCUCAACACCAUCUAUUCAAAGCAAGCACGCCGCCGUCACCGAUAUACCGGCCUUCAAGUGCAAGGGGCUCGUUGCGCCACUCACACCCAAGGAAUGGUUUCGGAUGUUCCAUGAGAUACACAGCAUGCCAGAACAUGAAACAUCCAAGCCGGAUCCAAGGAUAUCGUUUGCAGCUCUCAACGCGUUCGAAAUGCUCAAGCAGGCGUUCGCGACUAACACGAUGGCGGGGGUUUACGGCGGGUCCGCCGCAGUCGACGACGACUAUUGUUCAACCGUCGUCCCCGACGAGCGCAGCUCUGAGGACUCCAGCAGCACCCCUACUCCUCCCGACGGUGAGCUAAAUUCGAUAUGCAGUCCUACUGGCCCUUCCCCGCGCCCGGCGAGCUCGCCGAGUACUCUGCCGAGCAGACUCAGGAACAUUUGA